AUGGAUACAGAAUCCAAACCCUCUGACAGGGACACGUCGCAGCUGUCGGAUCCUCCCAGCGACCUCGAUAGCUCCGACAGCGACUCCCCAGCCCUUCAGACGGAAUGGCUCGCAACGACGCGAAAACGCCGAUCUACGGCUGGAAAUCGCAUGAAGUCGGUGCUUGCUAAUGAAGAACCCGAUUCAGACCUCGAGCUUCUAUUUGCCGAAGACGAAAACGACCAAGGCUUCUCGGACCUUGACGACGAUGGCUCCGACGUGCACAUGGACUCCUCGUCCGACGACGAAGAUGAAAACAACGCCAACGACGAUAAUUUAGAAGGCGAAAAAGAGCUGGAGCGUCAAGCAAAAGAAAAGCGCGCCGCUCAGCGCAAACGAAAAGCCCAAGAAGCUAUUCCAGCCAAAUUCAGGAAGAAGGUUCGCAUCGAUCCCACGACAAGGGCAUCUGUCCCACCCCCCGCGCCACGUCCCAAGAAAAAGUCGGAACGAGCAUCAUGGCUACCAUCUCCCGCCGAUCUUCCCACGCGAGCCUCAUCUCGAAAGACGACUCGUAUAUCCAAGGAGCAGUUGCAUCAGCAAAUGGCCGAGCGUGAAGCGAGGAGGCUCAAGCAGCUAGCUCAGAUGGAGAAAAAGGCCGCCCGGUUAGAGGCAUUGAAGAAGCCACCCAUGACACAGGAGGAGAGGCUGGCCGAGGCUGCCGUUGUAGAGAAGCGCAACAGCAAGAGUCUUAAUCGCUGGGAGGAGGCAGAAAAGCAGCGCGAGGAAGAGCGCAUGGCGAAGCUCGCUGCCCUGAACCAGCGUACCCUCAAAGGGCCAGUCAUUACAUUUUGGAGUGGAAAGGGUCAGUGGGACGACAUUGAGUUGCGGUUGCUGCGCCAGUACGUGACUGAAGUUGAGGAGAAGCCCAAAAAGAAGCGAGAGAAAAUAGACAAAAGCGCCAAAGCAAAGGGCAAGGAAAAGGAAAAGAACAACGAAAAGGCUGCAAGUAAAGAAAUAUUGAAAGAGACAGACCUUGACAAGUCCCAAGGCGCUGCCAAAACCCAGAAUCAAAGCUCAGAGGCCGCCAAGAUUGGCGAGGAUGUUGCAGACAAGGCUCCAACACUGAUCAAUAGCGAGAACAGGGCAACCGACGACAAUGCGAUGAGCAAAGCAGACGUCACUUAUGAGUUGGCAGAUGCCAACGCAGAGCCUAGCACGGCGGACCAGGUGACGGCCUCUACAGAAACAAAACAAAUCGCUGCUACAGACGACACCUCAACGAAUUCAGGUUUAACUACAAGCAAACCAGUCGACGAACCUACAAGAGAUACCACUGAGGCUACAACAGGGGCAGACCUGAACGCGUCCGAUACACCUCCUACCGUUGAAGAUACAACCAAACCAUCCGGGGAGUCACCCACAACCCUGACUAUUGUCCCCAAGGACGAGAAAGAUGCAGAUGUGGCGAUGUCGCAGUCGAAACCAUCUGCAUCCAUGGCAAUUCCUGCAUCCCCUUCGGCAGCCAUAGUGCCUCCUUCACAUCCUCCCAGUGGACUUGCUGCUCCUCCACCUCCUCCGCCGGCGAGCCCCUUGGCCACACAAGCUGGCCUCUCUCGACCUCCCGAAGCCAGGCCAUCAAGUGUUCUGGCUGCACCCGUUCUUGCUCCACCUCCAGGAAUCGACAUGAACAGAUCUUCGCCUGUAGAUGCUCCCAAGUCGAAUGUAUUAGCACCACCCAAUACCCUCCAAUCCGCGAUCACACCGCCAUCUAUUCAGCCGGUAGAGCAACCCCGAGUGGCAAACCCAUCAGUGUCAUCAGCAUCCAUGACCACAGUUCCCAUGGAAGUUGACGCCAAGCCCACUAUUCCAGUCGAUGCCCACCUUCAGGCUGUUCAGAACGAGACAGCGCCUACAAGCAAAUCUGGAAGUCCUAGAGAGUCAGAGGCACCAGCAACAACCGAGCCGCCUCGCGAUCUGAACGCAACUCGGAAUGGCAUCAUAUAUCAAAAUUUCGACGGAAAUGCCAUACGGGACAAAACCGUUCAAACACAGAUUCUCUUUGGUCGCAAAAUGACAAAACUUGCCAAACCUGCUCCAGCGCCAAUCUGCGUCAUCACCAACAACCCAGCACGAUAUCGGGAUCCGAAAACCAACCUCCCAUUCUACAACAUGCACGCAUACAAAGAGAUCCAGCGUCUCAACAAUGGCGAUUACCAAUGGAGUCGUAUCCUCGGAGCCUGGGUGGGCAACACGAAGCAAGCAGCGCGUGGCGUUCCAGAACGUUUCCUCAACCCCGGUAAUGGCAAACCAAAGGCAUCCGCGGCGCCAGGGGACUCUAAAGUCAAGCAGGAAGAAAAGUCGGACGAGACCGAGAUAGAUACGUCCAACUCGGCCAGUGGCACUGACGUCACUAUAAAGACUGAUGCACCUCAAGCUCAGGAGCAACAUGCACAGCCUGCAAAACAAGUGGCAGCGCAGUAG